AUGGCAAAUUCCAAGCCAAAGACCGUUUUGAUAGACAUCGGAGCCGUCAUCAAGCAUCCAUCCACCGAGCAGACACUCGGCGCAGGGAAAUCUGCUAUCACCCUGCGAAGACUCAUGUUGACAUCAGUCUGGAUGGACUACGAAUGCGGAAAGCUGUCUGAGCAAGAUUGCUUUACACGAUUAGCCAGCGAAUAUCACCUCGAGGAAAGUGAAAUCAGGACGAUGGCUGGUACUAUUCGCGAAAGCACCACGUACAACGCGGAUGUUGUGGCUAUUCUUGACACUGUCAGAACUUCCGGGACACGCGUUUUUCUCGUCGCAAACAUCUCUCACGAGGACCAUGCGGCUCUCCGAAGUCGGUGGGGUAAUGGUUUCUGGCCCAUUUUCGACGGUGUUUUUACUUCAUCCGAUCUCGCCGCUCGCAAGCCCAAUCUCCGAUUCUAUCGUCAAGUCCUCCAAGCUACGAGGGCAGUUCCCCAUGAAACUUUCUUUAUCGAUGAACGUCCCGAGAAUGUACUCGCAGCUCUCGGUCUCGGUAUGAAGGGCACUUUCGACACAUCUGACAUUUCCCGAUCACUCGCCAAUUUCAUCGGCGACCCUGUGGAGCGAGGACUUGCCUUUUUGCGCGGACAGAAUGGAAAUUUCCCUACGACUACUCAAUACGGGGAAACAAUCGAUGAAAAUUAUGCCCCUCUUCUGAUGAGGGAAGUUUUGGACGACAAGAAGCAGCCCACUCAAUCCUGGACGGCAUGCUGGAUUACAUCGAUGAAGAUGGCAACUUUCAAGCAAGCGUAUUACGAUAAGUCGAGACCACGAGCCGACAUCGUUAUCACCCUGAAUAUCUUGAUCAUCUUCCACAAAUACGGACGCAGCUACCAAUUACCCACCACUAUGGAAUGGAUGUUCAAUGUCCUAUUGAACAGGGCCUACAUCAACGGCACACGCUACUAUGCAAGUGCAGAGUGGUUCCUGUACUACAUGGUGCGACUUCUUCGCGAGUCCACGGAUCCAACCCUCGAAGGAAGAAUCAAGGAUCUUCUCCGGAAGCGGGUGACCGAGAGAAUCGGAGCUCCUGGCGAUGCUUUCCCUCUUGGAAUGCGACUGCUGGCGUGCAAAUAUUUGGGUAUUGAGAAUUAUCCGGAUAGCCAGAAGCUUGCGGAUAUGCAACAGGAAGAUGGCGGCUGGGAAGCUUCCUGUUUGUACUAUUUCCCGGGGAAGAAACGAGAGGUUGGAAAUAGGGGAGCUAGUACGGCUUUUGCCUUGAAAGCUCUUGAGGGAUGGUUCUAA